AGGCAAAUGAUGCAGUGUUGCUCUCAUUUCUGGUAAAGAGCCUUGAAAUAGGUUUCAUUUUCCUGAAGACCCCCAGCGAGACACUUCUCAAGACUGAAAGCAAGUUUGCAGUCAUGGCACAUACAACCACAGUUGUGACAACCCAGCAUGUCUCUUCUGGGACCUGGACCACAGGCAUCUGUGACUGCUGUUCUGACAUGGGCACUUGUUGCUGUGCCCUGUGGUGUUUCCCAUGUAUGCAGUGUCAGACGGCCUCUCAGUUUGGUUGGUGUUUCUGCAUGCCGUUGCUGGAUUGCUGCAUGAUUGUGUCCUGCUGUCUCCGCCAGAAGAUGAGAGACCAGUACGGUAUCCAUGGUUCGUGCUGCGAUGACACUUGCACACUCUGCUUCUGUUAUCCUUGUGCCUGGUGUCAGAUGUCUCGAGAAAUCAAGACUCGUGCUCGCUCUGGCACUGCCACUGUGGUCACCCAACAGGUUAUGCAUAGUUAGAGGUCAGUUUUGCUGUGAUUUCUGGUAGUAUGGGCCAAAAAAAUCAUAAAAACGAUGCCCUAUACCUAGAGUUGAGAUGUAACGGGCAAAGUCUUUUAUUAUUGUAUGCAUGACUGCCUGUUUUAUAAGUUGUCUUACUCUUAACCUGUUCCGCAACUCUUAUAUUCUGUGAAGUUCUUUUAAAACUGUUAAGUGGAUUACAAAUUACAAAAAAAUAGACGCAAUAUAGACAUAGAGUUUAUGUACUGCAAUUUUAUAAUCAAAACAAGAUAACCAAAAAAAAAAACCAUUAUUAUUGCAUUGCUAAAUUGUUGUACAAAUCAGUUUAUUUUGUAUUAGUUCUUUUCUGGAUUAAAAUGUUAAGCUAAAAA